ACUGAGACCCAGUGUUAAUGUUGUGCAAUUUGGGACAACACGUGUGAGUUUUGAAUAGAGAAGACUAGGAGGGGGACCAGAUACAAGUGUUCAAGAUCCUCAAAGGCAGUAAAAAAAUUGACUACAGACUCUGAUACCGCGGCAAAGUUAGCUCGAAGUUCGAAAUUUAUUUUUGAACGUCAAUAACGAUAAUUCGAGUUAUGAAAACACUUACAUUGUGCAUAAGGUGAUUUGGGAAAAGUCUGAGGUUCUGCCUAGUGUGUAAAAUAUGCAGGUGGUUCGCGUGAACACCUGUUGAGCAGUAUUUCUCGCACUGUGAACUUGUGGGCACAGCUGUCCCGCAGUGCUCCAGAUGGUGCGUGAUUGCGCAUCAAUCAAAAAGCAAAGCUUUAAAAAAGACAAUUAGCUGACUGCUAAGUUUAUGGAAAGGUUGUGAAAAUGUUCACAAAUCGCGGUCUUUAAAAUCCGUUUGGUUUGAAGGCUUUAUGUGUUUCCCUUUCAAAGGUUUUGGCAACAGAAUAUUUGUGUGUGGGCAGAAAAAAAAACGGCGUAAAAUGGACAAAGUGAAGGCUGAGAAAACAGUCACAAAUUGCCUUAUGUGUAAAGAAGACCAGUGUUUUCAUAACUCUCGUAGGUUUCGUGACAACGCUCUUGACGUUCCGAAGUGAAUUGUGAUCUCCGAGCUAACUUUACUGCGGUGAGCAAAGUCCGCCCAGGUUUGUAGACCAAGCCGAUACGCUAUCUUAAUUCUUUUACGGCUAUCCACACAAUGCCAGAAUCGUCCAAUGGCAGUGUAGGCGAGGCGGGGACUCCUGCUUAUUGUAAGGAUUGCUUCUGUAAAGACCGCGGCUCGCACGGACUGGGCGCUCCACUGAGCUCCGAGCUGCAGUUUUGUCUCCUGCGCGUCGUCCGUGCGCCAGCGUCCGCCCGCCCGUCUCCAUGGCCACCGGCUCCGAGGUCGAGUCCAUCGACGAGUUUCUCUUCAAGUACAAGGGCUUCGUCUUCCCCCGAGAAGGCGACAUCUCCCCGGAAUUCAUCGACUCGCUGGAAGACUUCGAGAUACGCGACAGUGACGUGUUCCUGGUAACUUUUCCCAAGUCCGGCACCGUGUGGACCCAGCACAUCAUCACCCUACUGCACGAAAAUGACUACCCAGGCGCCCCAGAGAUGCAGACCACCUACGAGCGCAUGCCCUGGCUGGAGUUUCCGGAAAAGGGGCAGGACUACACCGCGCGCCCCUCGCCCCGCCUCUUCGCCUCGCACCUGGGACACUACCUGGUGCCCAGGGGGCUCUGCGAGGGGAGGGGGAAAAUCAUUUAUGUCUCCCGGAACCCCAAAGAUGUCCUCGUCUCUUUCUAUCAUUUCUCCAAAACCAUGAUCAAGCUCACCACACCCAAGGACUUUGAUGACAUGCUGGAUAUGUUUCUUGGCGGCAGAGUCAUCAGUGGGUCCUGGUUCGACCACGUCCAGGGGUGGUACAAUCACAGAGACGACUUUAACAUCCUCUUCUUAACCUACGAGGAGAUGAUCAAGGAUCUGCGCUCUGCGGUGGUGAAGAUCGGCGAGUUCUUGGGGAAGAAUCUGGACGACUCGGCCAUUGACAGGAUCGUGCAGAAGACCACCUUCAAAAACAUGAAGGAGGACCCCAAAGCCAACUACGAGUUCCUGCCAGAAGAUGUCAUGGACCACAGCAAGGGGAGUUUUCUGCGCAAAGGCACCAUCGGCGACUGGAAGAACAGUUUCACCGUGGCGCAGAACGAGCGCUUUGACCAGGUGUACCGGGAGAAGAUGAAAGGGCUCCCCCUGCAGUUCAUCUGGGACAUCGCCGAGCUGCAGGCCUGAGGCGCCGGCCCUGUUGCCCGGGCAACGGCUGCGGAAGGGGGCGUGUCUCACCCUGGUGCUUUCCGCGAGUCCAAGUGAUCCCAUCUGCGUUCUGAUCAGAGCUAACACUUUUCGUGUGUGUAAGCAAAUAACAAAACAACCACAACAUCCACAAAUUAACACAUUUCUUCAUGGGGAAGCUGGUACCGAGAUGACUUUGGGUGUCCACAGAGACCGUCCAGAGCGGUUCCGCUGAUUUAUAACAUCAAUCUCAUCCCCAGACCAGCUCAGAGCGUCAGUCCGCAGCUAAACUCUCGUCACCAGACAUGGCUUUGAUCGUACCUUAAAGAAGCCUCAAGAAUCACAGGAGCCUUUUAAAAUAUUUUGAAUACUUUUUAAAACACAGUGUUAACUUGAAGAUUAUACUGUAGUCUUUUGAUAGGGUUUUGAUUUUAGUUUAAAUGAGGAAUCCUCCUUAGUGAAAUAGGUUAAAAGAAAGAUCCACCGUAUUAGAAGCAUACCUUAUUAAUUUUUUUUUAAUCCGCUGCUAUUUUGUAUUGCCGUACCAAUCAACUAUACAGCAGGAAAAAGUCGGUUGUCAUCGUUCAGCCAGCAACACUGACACAAGCCCACCUCCUAUUUCUCCCAGGUGUGUUGCAUUUUCACCAGGUGCAUUGUCUGUAGUAUUUACUCAAUCUGUAUAUGUGCAUCACACACAUGUAUAGGCUGUACAGCAGGGGGGCUGUAGAUCGCAGUCUACAUCGAUCCAGGCACCAGCCGAACCCGGGGGAUCACAGUCCACACCGGUCCGGGCCAAAGCCCUGCACCUGGGAGAUCACUAGGCACACCUUGAGGACCUACCAGGAUCCCCCCUGAUCUUGCCCGCAGAGAAAAUCACAGGCCGCAAGCGAGGGAGGGUGACUGCUCACAUUGUUAAGAAGUUAAUGCAAUUACCCGGCUCCUCAUAUCGCUCCAAUGAUCAGUAGUUGCAUUUCUUCACGGCGCGAAAGACAGUGCACAAAUCGGAUGAAAUGAACUUGUUUUAAUCUCCUUUGCGGUGCGAUGAGAUGUAAUCUGUAGAAUAUAACCUACAGUUUAUUAAUAAAGUACACUAAUAAAAGUCUCAUCGGACUCUUG